AGACGGCACGCUUUUGUUUUUGUCGCGGGUCGACAAACUCAUCAGGUGAGGUAUCAGACCUUUAAACGUCGCAAUUUCAUCUGCCAGCAGAAUAAGCACUUUUCUCGACAUGUUCCUUGUGGUAUUCAUUUGGCCUGCUUUCCUCCUACCAUGUGCCUGGGCACAAACCAGCACGCAGAGCGUCAUCGUGGAGGGGAGAAAUCUUACUGUUGCAGCAGGGUCAGAUGUUGUUUUACCAUGUCAUAACCAGAAGAUGGUUUGGAGGCAGGAUCGCCUGAGGGACCGUCAGCGUGUCGUGCACUGGGAUGUGAUCCGGAGUCAACCGGAUUACACCGUGGAGCGUGUUAUAGAUAUGUUCUCAGGGGGAACAGAGCGCCUGUACAAUGGAUACAACAAGGGCCGUAUUACGAUUUCAAAAGAUGCAUUUAGUGAUGGCAACUUCUCACUGGUUAUUAAUAAUGUGGACAUGAAUGAUAAAGGCAUUUAUAGCUGCAACCUACAUCACCACUAUUGCAAGGUCCACCAGUCCAUGCAAAUCCAACUCAAUGUUACUAAAUCACCCCGAAAGGAAAAGCGUGUAUUGAAUGGCGAUAAGUCCGUGUUUGUGGUUCUGGAAGGAAAGAGCGUUGUGCUGCCCUGUGUGAACCGUAGACCAUUGUGGACGGAUGGGCACAGGGAUGAGGGCCAACAGCAGGUGGUACACUGGGACUGGCAGGCUCCAGGGGUCAGCCGUGACCGAGCAGACCGCCUCGUCGACAUGUACGCCUCCGGAGAAAACCGACAGUAUGGACCUCUCUUCCUCCGGAAUAAGAUGAACAUCUCGACCGAUGCUUUCAAAUUGGGAGAUUUUUCCCUCAGUGUCUAUAACAUUCAACCCUCUGAUAAAGGCCUGUUUUCCUGCCAUCUUCACCAUCACUACUGUGGACUACAUGAAAGGAGAAUUUUCCGGGUGAUUGUCGGUCCAGCCGUCCAGCCAUUCCCUCCGGCACGCACCCCUACCAAAGCACCAGAAACACCCACUGCCCGUCCUGCCCUGUCUGCUGAUGAUCCGAAAACAAAAAUGGUCGAGGCACCUCAUGUCCUCAAUGUGAUUCUACCUGAGAAUCAAACUCACCUGCUGCAUCAGGUGGGCUACAUCCUGGCCAUCUUUCUGAUUCUGCUCCUCAUGCUCAUUGGAAUCAUUAUGAGCACGAGACAUUGUAAGAAAAAAGGGCAUGAGUUUCAGGUUCAGAGGUCUCACAGGGGUCGUAGGACAUCCAUUGAGCUGUGUGCCACAGAACUCCAACCCUACCAUCAGGAAGACUUGCGGCUGGACUACAAGAACAACAUAAUGAAAGAAAGAGCAGAAGCAAACAUCUAUCCCUCUCCAAAAGUUAUUGAUCUUAAUAGAGAAAUGGAAAGAAUGUCAUGGAAGUGAUGGAUAUCGAGCUGCUGGCUGGUCCAGAGCAAAAUAAAUACAGAGAGACUGAGGUUUACAUUUGAGAACAUAAACAGAAAUACUGUCUUUCAACUGCAGCAUAAUUACUGCUUACAUGAUAAAACCGAAACACACAUCUUAUAACACUCAAGCUUUAUUAUUGUUAACUCAGAUUGGUAAGUUUUUGUCAUAACCACAGUGUAGCGUAAUAGGUGGGGAAUUUUGAUUUAAAUUAACGCAUAGGUAAGAAGUGGUAAGGACAUUUGCUAAAUUCAGCUCUUGGUGAUAGGCUAGAAUUAAAAGGACUGCUUGUUUUACAGUUCAACAACUCAAUCAAGCCAUUACACUGUGGUGCUUACCCAUAAUACAUGCAUUUAUAGAGUACUUUUAUCCUCUAA